AAAGUUGAAAAUGAACUACACAACAUGUCACGCCCCCGAGAGAAGAUUGACAGUUGUGGAAUCCAAUAGAAACCUUGCAACCUUUUCAGUGCGGCCAAUCACAGAGCGGGUCACGGCAGAGUGCGGUUUAGCCGCAGGCGUCAGAAAUUACGAUACUCGCCUCAGGAUGGAAAUAAGUACUUAAACAGUGAGCCGAGAGAUCGCAGGAAUCCUGGGACCAGUCGACCGUCAGGAUGGAGGGCGCGAUGCUGAGGUUGACACUCGUCAGGAGCGAUGAUGAUGGUCACCUGGGCUUCAGUGUGCGAGGAGGAUCUGAACACGGACUCGGUGUGUUCAUCAGUAAAGUGCAGAAGAACAGCGCUGCGGAGUUGGCGGGUCUGUGUGUCGGUGAUAAGCUAGUGGAGGUGAACGGCGUGAGUCUGGAGAACAUUAGCAUGAGCAGCGCAGUGAAGGUGUUGUCGGGUCACGCUCGCCUCCGAUUGGUCGUCCAGCGCGUGGGCCGCGUCCCGGGCGUUCGCUACACCAAUGAGAAAACCACGUGGGUGGAUCUGAUCCACCGGCGGAUGGUGGUGGAGGAAUCGGGCGCUCGUGUGUCGGUGUACAGCUCAGAUGGAGCGCUGUGUCGAACGGUCCACCUCAAUCUCUCACACAGCCAGCCCGUACUGGGACUCAACAUCCGCGGAGGACGAGAGUACAGCCUGGGCAUCUACGUGUCCAAGCUGGAUCCGGGCGGUCUGGCGGAACAGGGCGGAGUCAAGAUGGGGGAUCAGAUCCUGUCAGCCAAUGGCGUGAGCUUUGAGAACAUCAACCAUUACAGAGCCGUGGAAGUGCUGAAGAGUCAACCUCAUGCCAUACUGACUAUUAAAGAAGCGGGCAGAUAUCCAGCGUACAAAGAAAUGGUGACAGAAUUCAGCUGGAUGAAUAAAUCCGACAGUGGAACGGUGUGUUCGUCGUCACACGGGUCGGGGUCUCACUCGUCGACCUCCUCGCUGUCCUCUGGGACGCCCCUCGGCUCUUUGAGUGGCAUUUCCCAAACUACUCUGCCUGUUAGCUUGCCCUUAGGAGCCAAAAUGUCCGCCGCCGAGGGCCAGUUUCCCCCAGACUCCACUGAUAACGAGGGUGGUUCAGAGCUGCUGCGGACCGUGAGCCGAGGAGCCACAGAACUCUUGCAGGACUCGGUGAUCCGGGGCGAAGGAGAAGAGGACGAGAGAGAGUCGGGAGCGAACAGAAGUCUUCCGAUACGCCGAACACGAAGUCAUGUGACUGUGUCAGAAGAGGAAAGCAAACGGAAGAGAAAGCAGGCGGAGCGAGGAGAAGAAAGCAGUUCGCUGCCGCGCUCCAGAACUUUAUUCGGUCUUUUCCGAAAGCGAGAUUCCUCAAGAUCACGCUCCAGAUCUCCCUCCCGCUCAGAGAGCAUUCUGGGCACGUAUAAUGGGGAUUUAUCUGACGCUCUGAAUCACGUACGAGAAAUUGCUGUCAGGUUGCUGGAGGAUGAAGAUGUGGAUGUGCUCAUGGAGAUCUGUCAGAGGUAUUUAACAGAGCGAGGGCUUCAGACGCUGGUGCACCCGCUCCUGGCCAUCCUGAACACGCCAGAGAAGCUGCUGAUGCUCAGAGAGAUCAGGACUCUCGUGUCCUCCAGUGAUCUUCCGCUCUUCAACAUCACGGUGUCUCCAUUCGAAGAGCAAGCUUAUGAUAUUCUGAAGAGUCGCUCACGCAGGAGUUCUCCUCAGACAGGCCACACCCCCAGACGCCACCUCAUCACACCUGCACCAGAUGUGCGUGGUGUAUUUGAAGACAUGGAGAAACACAAUCAGCUUCUGGAAGGUCUCGAGGAGCUCCGUCUGUCCGGUUAUCAAGACCAGAACCAGUUACUGGACGUUCCUGUGGACGCUUUCAGUCAUUCAGACUCAUUAUCGUCCUCUGGGACGUCAGCGCUCCUUCCCAACUGGCUCCUGGCGGAGAACACGCGCUCAGACUCUUCCCAGACAUCGGGUCGUUCACACAGCGGAGGAGCUGCUGUCAGGAACGGACAUUCGGAGAGUGAAUCGGUCGGAGCGGAUGUGUUGUUUACUGUAGUGGACUUGCCUCGCCACAAGAGGCCGCUGCUCUCACAGGUCUUCGGUUCCCUUAAGAAGUGCCACAGAUCAACAGUGACACCCGCAGGACAGGCUGUGCAACAGCGGCUGAACGAGAAGCGGACAAAUGAUGUCACCAUUGAGCCAGAGUUUGAGCUCACUACAGUCCACAUCAGCAAAACCAAGCAGUCACUGGGGAUCAGUAUAUCCGGAGGAUCCGAGUCCAGGGUGCAGCCGAUGGUGAAGAUCGAGAGGAUUUUCCCAGGAGGAGCUGCGUCUACCAGUGAUGCUCUGCGGGCCGGUUUUGAGCUGGUGUCGGUGGACGGUGUGUGUCUGCAGGCCGUGACCCAUCAGGACGCUGUGGAGAUCAUACGCCAGGCCUUCAGUAACAAGAGCAUCGACCCAAUGGAGCUCGUGGUCAAAGUUCCCAGAGAUCCCAGAGUCUCGUGACACGAUGCCUUUCCGCUUGAAUAUUGACCGGAUCCUGAACCGGUGAUUCUGAAGGAGUAUUUGCAGCCCUCGGUCUCCGUCACGGCCCAGUUUGAGCUUGUGUUUCUGUGCCGGGACACGAGAUCCGGACCGCUCCCGGUGCCGGCCGUGCCAAGCUCUCACUGGGAACACUGGUAACAACAGACCUACUUUACACGGCCACAGAAAUCACUGGCGUUUAACCCACGAGAGACCAGAAGAGAGUCAUCCGAGAGUCC